AUGUCGACAAUGCACAUGGGCCUACAACUGGGACUGGAAGGACAACGGACUGUCGAGAGAAGUGGAAUUUGUUCCCAUGCUGUGGAACGAAAGCACCGCAUCGCAACUUCAGGAAAAUAUGAACGCAUGCUGUGGAACGAAAGCACCGCCUCGCAACUUCAGGAAAAUCUGAACAUAUUACGCGCCCGAGGCCUUAAGUAUAUUCUGGGAUUUAAUGAGCCCGAUCAUGCUGAUCAAGCAGACAUGACGGUGGCAAGAGCGGUUGAUUCGCAUAUGAAGUAUCUGAGCCAGGACUCUGACGUUGCCAUCGGGUCUCCCGCAGUGACAAGCAACGAAGCUGGGAGCACCCGAGAUAAUCCCAAGAGUCUCGACUGGCUACGUGGUUUCCUCGAACUUUGCGGACAGAGAGGCUGCAAGGUAGACUUCUGUGUCGUUCACUGGUACGGUUCAACGACACAGGCAGAUGCUAUGAUCUCGUUUCUCCACCGGGCCCACGAUGCUUGCCCUGGGAAACCACUCUGGCUGACUGAGUUCAGUGCCACAGGCUCAAGUGAUGAAGUGGAGAUCUUUAUGAUGAAAGUCUUGCCAAUUUUAGACAGCCUGCAGUUCAUACAGCGAUAUGCUUGGUUUAUGACAGCGGUUGGCAACUUGUUGCAGUCACCUGACACCUUGAGCUCAUACGGGGAGAAGUAUGCAUCUCUGUGA